AUGCAAGAAUCAAUCUCUGACUAUAUUUUUGGUCAGACGAUUGGCGAGGGAUCUACAGGAAAGGUAAAAAUCGCUGUUAAUAAGAACACAAAUAAGACUCUUGCUAUCAAAAUGGUGAAAAAGUCAAUAAUCGCAAAUAAACCUGUUGUAUUAUCAAAUAUGAAGCGAGAAAUAGCUAUUAUGCGCCUUCUGAAUCAUCCUAACUUACUUCACUUAGAGAGUGUUUUCGAAAAUAACGAAUAUAUCUUCCUUGUUGAGCAAUUAGCACAAUAUGGUUCUUUAUUUGACAUUGUUAUGUCGUUAAACUACGAUCAAUCGAUUGCAUUUUUCAGGCAAAUCAUUUAUGGGCUGGAAUAUUUACAUAAUAAAAGCAUUUGCCACAGAGAUUUGAAACUUGAAAAUUUAUUACUGAUCGAUCCUGAAACUCUUGCAAUUGCCGACUUCGGUCUUGCAUGCUGGAUGCCCAACAACAUUGCUUCAACGUAUUGCGGGUCUCCACAUUACACAGCUCCUGAAGUUACUUAUGAUUCUACGUAUGACGGCAGGAUUGCAGAUAUAUGGAGCGCCGGAGUUAUUCUCUACAUGAUGCUUACCAAGACCACGCCAUUUCAAGGUAACAGCAUGCAGGAAUUGAUACAAAACAUCAGAAUGGCGAAUUUUGUACCUCCGAACAUCUCUCCUGAUGCAGACGAUCUCAUCUACAGAAUACUUACUCCUAAUCCACAGAAUCGAAUUACCAUCAAAGACAUUAAAAUACACCCACUUUUUCGUCAUCAUCUUCCCGAUGAUUACAUUUUACCAUCACCUUUACCGAUGGCUUGUUUACCAAGUCCGUUCGAAGCUUCAGAGUACGAAAGAGAUACUUUACAGUCAAUAGGAUUCCCAGACAGCGAAAUUAAAACAUUAUAUUCAGAUGGCUCAUCAAGAAUCAAAGCAUUCGCCGAAAUAAUACGUAGCGGUAAAGAGUCGAUCCUCUGGGAUGCAGCGAUACCGGCGGCUCACCCGAUAGGAAGUCCAUACGAGAGCUUUUUGAUCGAAGACGAUAAAGUGUCACUUUUGAAACAAAGAAGAGUCAUUGGUCGGAUUUCAGCGAAUUUAGAGAGUAUUGCGUACCAGAUGCAGGUUUUCGUAAGGGAGACGGACUUCGACUGGCUACAUACAGAUAUAAAUUCCAUUGUUGCAAGAAGAGGAAACCAUAUUUUGCGAAUUUUGUCUUUCUUUAGGGCCAACGCAAGAUAUGUGGAAGUUGUAGCAGAAGGAAUGUGCGCGGAAGAGUUUUCUUCAAUAUUUACUCAUUUGUCUUCGAUUUUAAUGCCAUUUAUGAAUUUAUCAGAUAAUACAAUCUUAUCUGAUAUGAAUGCAAUGAUGAAUGAGAGGCUCGCAAUGCCAUUAGAAGGAUAUUAA